AAUACUGUAUCUGGACUCUCGUGUGCUGUCAGAUUCAUUCUCUUUGAUUAAAUGGCUUGAACAGGUAGGAGCGUUGCCUCUUUUUGAAUAACCGCUCCUGCCUCUACUUUUGCUUUCUGCUCGUUACCAGUUGUAAUUCUUUGACCAAUCUAUAUGUCACGACACGUCAUCUUUGUAUCGUAUCUCUUUAAUAUGUAAAAUCAAUUUUUUCCAAUACACAACUCUUUCACUCUUUCACACACAGCAACAAAUGUCAGAAUGAUAAGAAGAAGACGAUCGACAAUAAGAAGACGAUCAUAUUCCUCGUCUUCUUCUUCUUCUUCUCCUCCUCCUUCUUCUUCUCCUUAUUCUUCUUGUUCACCAUAUUUCUUCUUGUCAAGUUUUAACCCUACCACUGCUUCUUCUGAUUCUUCAACGUUUGGAUAUUCUUCAGGGUCGGUCGCCGCCGGCGAUACUGUUCUCGGAGUCGGAUCGAGUUCUCCUUCAACUCCAGCAACUUCUACUAACACUUACACAUUUUUUACUGGUUCUCUUUCGCCUUUUGAGUCCUCUGCUCCAGUAACUGCUCCUUCAAACACCACAACAGCAAAGCCUACGAGUACAGAUAUUCCAACUAAUUCGUCGUCUUCGGUUUCAACAAAUAGUACAUUGACAGCCGCAACGUCGUCUUCACUACCACAAUCAAUCGUCUCUGUACCGGAUAUUGACCCUGCUAUUUGUUCCCCGGAGCGGAAUGAAGUUGCUGCAAUUUUGGCAAGCCAAUGUGAGAAGCUUCUGUCCUGCCAAGCUGCCAGGCGAGCUCAGCAGCAGGUCUUUGGAGCCACGUGGUCCGAAACACCAAGUUCAAGCAAGCCCGUCAAUGAUGAUACUCUUACACCUGCUGCUACUGCUGAACAGAAACAUGGGGAGUCCAAGCCGUGCAGUGUUCCUAUGACCAGCACCCCUUCAACCUCCACUCAUUCAGCUCCAUUGGACUCAAAGUCAGGCAGCUCAGUGCUCCGCAGCUCGCAGGCUGCUGAGGAGCAGCCUUCCUGUUCAUCGGUCGAUCUUCUGCACUCAACAAUCGGGAUGUGGGAACGGGUUGUCGCGGAUAAGAAGACAAAUCAAGAGGUCACUGAAGAGGGGCUUCGUCACUUCUACGAGGGCAUCAACUAUUUUUGUCUUCAGUCUGAACGCCUCCAAGUAGCAACUGCCAAGUAUAACGAGGCAGCAAAAGCGAGUGAUGACCUGGAAAAUGCGAUGGCUUCUUUGAAAGAUAAGUUGGCAGAAGCCGAUCGGAAGCUCGAGGACUCUCAGAAGGAGAAGGAGAGGCUUGGACAUGAGUUAGCUGGGGCUGCAAACACAAUCACUGCUCUAACUGGUGAGAAGGAAUCCCUUUUGCGGGUCCAGACGAUCCUUCACCAGAAGAUCGUCGAGCUGGAAAAGGAGUUGGAGGAGGUCGGUCCUGCUGCUAUCCGGAAAUACAAAGCUUCCUCUUUGUACAGACAGGAACUCAUGGAGUAUGCUGCUCCUUACAUGGGAAAAGGGGUGAAGCUGGCCAUAGAGAAAAUCAAGGCUAAAGACACUACUUUUGAUCCCAAAACCUACGGCCUGGAGAUAUACAUGCUUCCUCCAGAAGCUGAUGUCGAUGAAUUCUCGUCUGAGGAGGAAGGUGAUGAUGGUGCCGAGCAAGAGCACAAUGAGGUGAAUCCAAGUGCUCGUGCUCGAGAUUUAGCUGAAGGAGCAAGUUUAUAAGACUUUGAUCAUAGAUGUGUCGUUGGCAUAAGUGCCGAAUAGGCAAAAGUUCCCCCGAGCACAGCUUGAAGCUCUUUCUAUUUUACCUAUGCUUGCUUAUGCUAAUGCAACUUAGGUGGUUCCUCUGUCUCUGAACAAGUAUGUUUUGUGCUCCACUUGGAGGUGUUAAUAAAGUAUAUAUGAUUGAAUGUGCUAAGAUCAGAUCUCUGCAAUAUAUAAAGUGUUAUUUCAGGAUUGCUGGAAUUGUUAGAUAACUCAUUUUAG